CCGGCGGCGGAGUGCGCGCCCCGCCUCUGCCCCGGAUCUCCUGCUGCUCCGGCUCCAAGUGCUUGUGGGUUCCUCUGGUCUGUCCCCGCACCGAGUGCUUGGGUACCCGCUGCCAGCAUGGAGGCUCGCCGCACGCGGCAAAAGGCUCUCAAAGUAAAGAACUUAAAGAAUGUCAGAUAUAUGAAGCUGAUUUCCAUGGAAACGUCGUCAUCCUCUGAUGACAGUUGUGACAGCUUUGCUUCUGAUAAUUUUGCAAACACAAAACCAGGGCCAGAUGUCACUAACGAAUUGGCCAGCAUUUUUCAUGCCGACUCUGAUGAUGAAUCAUUUUGCGGUUUUUCAGAGAGUGAGAUACAAGAUGGAAUGAGACUGCAGUUAGACAGGGAAGGCUGCAGGACCCGGAGUCAGUGCCGCCACCCUGGACCCCUCAGGGUAGCCAUGAAGUUCCCAGCAAGGAACACCCGGAGGUCGGCCACCAAAAAGGCAGUCCCCUCAAAACCCUCUGAGAACUCCGCCAACGAUUCCCAGUCUGACUCUGAAGAGGAAGAGGGCGGCAUGAAUUUCCUGGAGAAAAGGGCUCUCAAUAUCAAGCAGAACAAAGCCAUGCUUGCAAAACUCAUGUCAGAAUUAGAAAGCUUCCCUGGCAUAUUCUCUGGAAGACAUUCUCUCCCUGGCCACAGAUCCAAAGGUUCAAAGCCACCUAGAAGACGCACAUUCCCUGGUGUGGCUUCCAGAAGGAACCCUGAACGGAGAGCCCGGCCUCUUACUAGGUCAAGGUCUCGGAUCCUGGGGUCUUCGGGUGCUCUUCCCACGGAGGAGGAAGAAGAGGAGGAAGAGGAUAAGUACAUGCUAGUGAGAAGGAGGAAGUCUGUGGACGGCUACAUGAAUGACGAUGACAUGCCCAGAGGUCGUCGCCCUGGGUCCAUGACCCUUCCACAUAUAAUUCGCCCGGUAGAGGAAGUUACAGAGGAAGAGAUCAAGAACAUUUGCGGCAACUCUCGCGAGAAGAUCUACAACCGAUCGCUGGGCUCGACAUGCCAUCAGUGUCGCCAGAAAACCAUUGAUACCAAAACAAACUGCAGAAACCCAGACUGCUGGGGCGUCCGGGGCCAGUUCUGUGGUCCCUGCCUUCGGAACCGCUACGGUGAAGAGGUCAAGGAUGCCCUCUUGGACCCGAACUGGCACUGCCCGCCCUGUCGAGGGAUUUGCAACUGCAGCUUCUGCCGCCAGCGUGAUGGACGGUGCGCCACCGGAGUCCUCGUGUAUUUAGCCAAGUAUCAUGGCUUCGGGAACGUGCAUGCUUACCUGAAAAGUCUGAAGCAGGAGUUUGAAAUGCAAGCCUGAAGAUUCACCACCUGCCUUUGGCUUCUCAAGGACUCCUGUUCUUGAUACCGGCAUUGAUGGAAACCUGAGUAAGAAUCUUGGCGACCAAUCUGUGUUAGAACUCAGUCUGGUUAACCUCGUUAGAUUCGCCCUUGUUUCUGAAGCAUCGUGGAAGGCGUACAUACUGCUAGGUUCACUUCAGCUAUGUGUAGUUUCCCAAAGCUUGCCCUGGCUCUGCCUUGUAGCCUCCCUACUCCCAUGGUCCUCUGCCACCACUUUUUAAGUUUCUGAGUUCUUAGGCGGCAGUUUUAGAAAGCAUUAUUUGUCUUGUUGGUGUUGAAAUAGUCUCAGGACAUACCCAUAAACCCAAGCGCUUAGGGGUGCAGCGGUAUUGGGGCCCAACGGUUCUCGUGAAUUGCAGGGAACAGCUCUUUAAGUUGUUCACGCGGAAUCAGCGCACGCCGUUUAGUAUUUAGUGUUCUGUUGGCUGACAUUUGAAAUGGGUAACGCCAAGGCACAAACAAAGGUCUGAACAUGGUGUGGAGAAAUGAGGUAAUUGUUGGAAGUGGAAUGGCACACUGAACGACUUUCUGGAGAACACAGCUCCUCUGUGUUGGGCUCGGGGUGCACCUUGUCACAGUUGAGACUCCGUUGCUGCUUAGAUCGUUCUUAAGUUAGACCGGUUCCUCUGGCUUACACAGUCACCCAAGGGUUUGUGGCAACAUGGUGCCAUAAUUACUUAAAUUGCUGUAGAAAAGGCCUUCCGGGAAAUUAAGAUGACGAGACCACAAUGGGCUGGUUUGAAAUCUUGCUGUUCCGCUUGAGAAACUUGACUUCCAGGAUUUCACUGUUCCUGGCAGUUUCCUGAAGAGGAUACCCUCGGGGUGGUGUUGUGUCCAGGGUUUAGGUUCUAACAGUUUUCUAACAGUGACCUUUUAGAGAGGGGUGGCUUUGAACCACUUGUUAACGAGUUACCUCUGGAGUGUGUGGCAGAUGGCGUGAGUCAUCUCCUUCCCCUUUUCCUUUAGUCCGGUCCUUGAGUCGCGGUGGACUCCAAGUGACUGAUUCCAUCGCACGUGUAACAUGUGCCCCACUCUGUCUGUGAUGCCACCGGACCUUGAAUCAUUCAGUGUAAAUACAGCUUUUGCUCUGUAAUGCUUUUAUACAAAGGUUUUUUUAUUUUGAUAAUAAAACAUUUUGUUCUAAA